GCCGUGAUGAACGGUACGGCCGACCCGAGGGCGCUUCUGAGAGGCAUCACCCUCGAGAUUGACAGAGUAGCCCUCGGGGCUGAUGAAGACGAAGCCCUCGAGGACAGGAUCCUCCGGUCUUCCCUCACAACCUGCAUUGCCCUCGGGGAGCAAGCCCGGCGGCUAGAGGAGUGGCGCCUUCGCAAGGCCGAGCAGGAGGCCAAGAUGCGGGAGCUCAUCCGCCAGAAUGCAGACGCUGUUCGGCAGAUGGCUAUGCUGGAGGAGAGCCUUCGGCAGAUGACCCUGCGGGCGGAGGCCGCAGAUCGGGGUAGGGCAGAAGCCGAGAGGUCCGCAGCUGAGGCCUUGGAG